AUGUGGGACUUUGUGCAAGUCGUUGCGGUGGUGACACGUGUCAUGGAGAGUGGUUUUGGCAAUUUGGGAGCUUCGGCAGUCGGGAGCUUCGGCAGGUGUUUGGCACCUCGGAAGAGUGUCUUCCUUCGGCAUGGGAGAAGGCAUGUACCUUGUGAGUUGAGACUUUGUGGGAGCUCUUCAAGAAAAACCAUGACCCCUACCAUUCGGCAAGGGGGGCUGGUGAUUUGGGGCUGUGACCUUGAGAUCAAGGGACCAAGGUUGCUUGAGCUAAUAAAUUUUCAAGGGCUAGGCCCUAGGUGGGUUUCUGUGGGUUUAGCCGAUAGGCUGGGCUUGGGCAAUGAGGCCAAGCGGAAGGGUUUGGGCUCUACACUCGACAAGGAGGCUGGGCCAAUGGUGUACUUGAUGGAGCUAGGCCCUGUGGGGUUGAGGCUGCAAGGGGGCUUGGAGUCAGGCCUUCAAUCCUUCGGCAGAGAGUUAACCUUAGAGCUGGGCAUCCAAUGCUUCGACAAGGGGUUUGAGGAGUUUUGGGGCUGGGCCCUUGGAGGUUGGGGCUAUAAGUCUUGGGAAAAGACCAAUUGUGGCAAGAGAAAAGUGCCUGGGUCCCUAGUUCGUCAGCUGCCAACCCUUCACGAGCACAUCUUGAAAGAGUUCGGCAACUCUCUCCUUGCCGAACGGAACCUCUCAGACCUUGGCUUGUUUUGGCACGGGAGGCUUGGAGCUACAACGUUGGUGAGCCUUGAUUUGGAUCCGUAUGGACCUUGCCGUUCGGCAAGGUGGCUGGGUUCUUGCGUUUCGGAGCUGGGCUAUUGCUUGGUUUCGGUCACAGCUGCGGUAGGUUCAGUUUUGAAGGAGGAGAGCAAGGGGCUGUCAUCUCCUUAG